AUGGCUUCAGACAUAAAGAGGCCAUUUGAGUCGUACAUGGCAAAGAAUUGGAUAACUAGCUACGACUUAGACUACGGACUUUUUGCUAAGGAAAGAUGCGGCCAGACAGAGAAAUUGCCGAAUGAUUCUGAUGAUGAUGAUGAAGUGCGAUCAUCGGGAGGCGGAUCAUUAGGAGGUGGAUCAUUUGGAGGAGGAUAUGAUGCCAGCUCUGCAUAUCAAAGUUUUGCUGGAGGUUAUGGCCUUGGAUCAGCUCAAAUAUCUAGUCAAGGAAGUUCAUGUGCACAACCGAAGAGUCCAAUGAAUGGAGCACAUCACUGCAGUAUGGCCAACGGCCAAUGGUCUUGCCAAGGUACGUGCAAUCCAGGAUAUGAAUUUCCAGACAGGUCUCGUCAACUUUCUAUAACGUGUAACGACAGAGAUGGCAAGUGGCUACCCGUAGCAAACUUUGAGGACUGUAGAGCACUUUGCCACCCACCAUGUGAAAAUGGAGGCGAAUGUUCUGUCCUUAAUCAAUGCGUGUGUCCUUUAACUCACAGAGGGAAUAGAUGUCAGUAUGCUAUAUCUCUGUGCGAUUUCCACCGCUUUUCGACGUCUUCUUCCGUUCAAUCGGAUUGCAAACAUACAGGAGAGUACACCGAAUGCCACGUGUCUUGUCCACCCGGGAUGACGUUCCAUCCGCCAACAACUUCUUUGUACAGAUGUACAGUGAACGGGCUGUGGAACCCUCCAACUGCUCCUCAAUGUAGAGAUAAUCUUUGCAAGCAGUUACCAUCACCAAUGAAUGGACGUAUAGCAUGUGAAGGAAGCAAUGAAAUCAUGAUUUGUAAAGGCUCUUGUCGUUCGGGAUACAUUUUUCCAGAUGGAUUUAGCGAACUCAGCACACAAUGUGUUAGGCGAACGGGUGAAUGGACGCCAUAUGUUAGUUUCCCAGACUGUGAACCUAUUUGUAAUCCUGGUUGUGAAAAUGGAGGGAAAUGUUUAGGUCAUAAUUCGUGCCUUUGUCCAAGAGGUUUCAGAGGUGAAAGAUGUCAGUACCCAACUUCCAACUGCGACGCACACGACCGAUUCGCCUCUGUGGCAUGGAAUUGCAAGAAUGGCCCAACUGAAUCCGUGUGCAACAUCAGCUGUGGUCACACUGGUAGCAAAUUGCAGCCUGCGCAGCCGACUGUAUAUACUUGCAGCCUUGAUGGAACGUGGCAACCGGACUUGAAACCCAUCUGUGUGACAGAUUACAGCUUGCUGGAUCGAAGGACAGAUGCAAGUGGAAACUAUCACGAAAAUACGCACCAUCAAAAUCAAGGAUCAUGGCAACACAGCUGGAGCACGUCUAGAUUAAGCGGAAACAGUGGAAAUCAACAGCAGUUUGGAUAUGAAUUUGGUGGUCAGCAGAGAGUAUCGGGUGCAUUUAAUGAAGGUCAGUUGGAUUACGAUUACAGUCAAAGAGGACAUGAAACUGGUUUUGGUGGACAGCAGACGAUUGAAAAUGAAUUUGGUAGUGAGCACAGUAUUGGCCAAAACUCUGGAAAUCAGGAGAGUUGGAUUAAUAAUCAACAAAAUUUCGGAAAAGGUUCAAACCGGCAGAGUACAAGUGAAAACAAUAUUUCAUAUCACAACUCAGCUAGUCAGGAAUUUGGAGGCCAACAAACUAUGGAGCACAGUUUUCGCAGUAAGCAAACUGUAGAGAAUGGCUUUGCUGGGCAGCAAACCAUGGAUCAUGAUUUUGACAGUCAGCACACAAUGGAUAAUGACUUUGGUAAUGGUCAUACAUUAGAAAAUGGUUUUGGAGGGCAGAAAACUAUGGAGCACAGUUUUGGUAGUCAAACAGUAGAGCAUGGUUUUGGAGGACAACAAACGAUGGAGCACAGUUUUGGCAGUCAAACAAUAGAACAUGAUUUUGGUGGGCAGCAAACGAGAGAACAUGUGUUUGGUAGCCAAAAAAAAGAACAGAAUAAUGUACGUGAAAGUGAAAAAAACGUACAGAAUGAGCAAAUGACUGAGCAACUUGAAAAACAAAAUAUUUCAAGUCACAUAAGUACAGCCAUAAAAUCUGGUGAUGACCAGCGCUCUUCAAACCAAGAUUCUGAAAGAAAAACUGUGGAAAAUGUAGUUGGCGAACAGCAAAGUAUCGAUGCAGCUAGUGUAGAUUCAGAGCAAGCGACAGUUACUGAUAUCACUUUUCAAAAACUUGAAAAUGCUGAAAACACGUUAGAUAUUGAUGACGAUGAUUUAAGGCAUCGAGAAGGUUUAGAAUCAAUGGACGUCAAAUUACUUAUUAGAAAAGAUCAAGAAAAUGAAAUUAAUGAGGAACUUUCCGAAAAUGCAGCGAGUAAUGAGAACAUUUUUUCAAACAUUGAAAGGAUUUCCGACUUUAAAGGUGCUUGUUCCACUUGGGGUUUUCAUCACUACCGAACGUUUAAUGGUGGCGUUUUUACAUAUCCUUCCUCUUGCGAAUACAUUUUGAGUUCAGUUUGUGGGCAUAAUGACUUGAUAAUAAGCAUAAGAAGCAGUUGCAGUGGCGAAUCUUCUUGCCUUAGAACUGUUGGUAUUCAAGUUCAGGAAAACAGAUACGAGCUUUCUUACAAUCAAGGGCUGAUAUCUGAUGGUGAAAUAUUAAUCAUCCCAACUCAACUGGAGGAUAUCACGGUAGAGAAAAUAGCAAGGUAUAUAGUCGCUAGAUUAGCUGCAGUCUUUACAGUAUGGCUGAAUGAAGAGGGCAGCGUUGUUGUUACUGCAAGUAAAGUUUUGAAAAACCGGACGUGUGGUUUAUGCGGAAAGUUCUCUGAUCACUUUACACCUAAAUUCCGACAAAAAGACGGAGCGUGGACCAAUGAUAUAUUUUCCUUUGCUAACAGCUGGAAAAAAGAGGAUCAGAAUGGAGUUUGCGUUGAAAAAGCUGAGCCGCGACCUCCUUGCAGUGCCGACAGCAAAGAUAAAAGUUUGGUGUCAGAUAAAGCGAAUUUGGCAUGUGCAGCUAUUUAUAAUGCACAGUUCGAAAAAUGCAGAGAAAUAGUAGAUGGAGACAUUUAUUAUGCCAAGUGCCAGAUGGAUUGUUGUAGUAUUCAGUCGGCAGAAAAUUGCGAGUGUUCAUCUAUUGGUGAAUUUAUUCUAGAAUGUUCUAGAAGCGGUGGAGAUGUGAGAGAAGGAUGGAGACAACCAGGAUUAUGUCCCAUGCUGUGUUCCAACGGAACAGUAUAUAAUGAAUGCGGUCCUCCAUGUGCAGCUACUUGUACAGAGAUGGAGCCCGCUUGUGAACAAGAGAAGUGCGUGGACGGAUGUCAUUGUCCUGAAGGAAAAGUCCUAGAAAAUGGGCAGUGUAUACAAAUUGACCAGUGUCCGUGCCAUCACGGUGAAGAAGUAUAUGAACCUGGUGACCAAAUGCAGCAAGACUGCAAUACAUGUGUCUGCCAAGAAGGCAAGUGGCAAUGCACAGAUUCUAUUUGCCCAUCUACCUGUUACGUCAGCGGUCCUCACAUUACCACUUUUGAUGGACUCGGUUACGAUUUGUACGGCCGAUGUCCGCAUUACCUCGUGGAUUCUGAUGACUUUAGCAUUCAGCUGGAAUAUGGGGAGAACUGCAAAUUGAAUGAAGGAGGCGUCUGUGUCAGAGGGCUAACGAUCCAAACUGCUGAAGGUGCAGUAGUUAAGCUCAAGUCAACAAUGGAGGUGUCAGUGAAUGGAAAAGAAAUAUUUAACCUUCCAGUUCAGGCACCAGGGAUAUAUGUUGGACAAGCUACAUCGACAUACAUACGAGCUCGUUUGAAUAAUAAUCUCGAAAUAUUUUGGAAUUUGGAAUCAAGUGUCCAAGUCAAUGCUCCCGUGCAACUCUUCGACAAAUUGAGGGGACUUUGUGGAACGUUCACUAAGAACCAAGCAGACGACUUUUACACACCGGAAGGAGACGUGGAGAAGUCAUCAAAAGUAUUCUCCAGAAAAUGGAUGUUAGAGGAAUCCUGCAAUGAAUUAUUGGGUCUUACUGCAGUGGAGAAUGAAGAGAAGUUUUGCGAUAAGUAUCCAAAUAGACGGGUUUUAGCUGCAAAUGUAUGCAGUGUUAUCAAAGGCAGUGUGUUUGAAGAAUGUCACAAAAGUGUUGACUACGACCGUUACUAUUCUGAUUGCAUGGAAGAUGUAUGUGGCUGUGAAUCUGACUAUGAACGCUGCUCCUGUUUGUCCUUAUCCAACUACGCUUCUGCUUGUGCGAAGAAAGGAAAAACUUUAUUUUGGAGACAAAGUAUUCCUUCUUGUGGUAUUUCGUGUUCCUUCGGGCAAAUGUAUCAGUCGUGUGCCAACCCUUGCUCAUACAGCUGCAGCGAAAUCGCUCAUAUUCAUGACAGCUGCGACGGCAGCUGUGUAGAGGGCUGUGUCUGCCCUCCUGGUCAGACGCUGAAUGAACACAAGAGAUGCGUUCCGACAUCCACUUGUUCCUGUUAUCAUAGUGGUCACCUAUAUCCUCCUGAAUUUCUUCAACGUCGGGGGAAGGAAAUGUGCGAAUGCGCCCAAGGGCAUUGGGAUUGCCACGAGGCUUCUGCAUCCGACAUCUUUCUCACGCCUGCACCUCUCACUGUCACACACUGUGAUGUCUCUCUUCACUUCGAAACAACGGAUUGUAUGAGCGACUGCCCUCUAACCUGCUCGAAUAUACAUCAUCACCAGCCAUGUACAGUUGCAGUCUGUGUUCCAGGAUGCAGGUGUCAAAAAGGCUACGUUCUCGAUAGUUCAAAGGGAGCCUGCAUCCUCCCCCAAACUUGCCCAUGUCAUCAUGGUGGUCAAAGUUACGACGAAGGACAAGUAGUCAGAAUGGAUUGCAAUACUUGCACCUGUGAAGGAGGACUAUGGGCAUGCGACGACAACACUUGCCCAGGCCUCUGCAGUACUUGGGGAGACUCGCAUUACGAAACAUUUGAUGGAAAUUUGUAUGAUAUUCACGGAGAAUGUAGUUACGUCUUGGUCAAGACACACUCUCCGCAAAAUGAACUAUUUUCAGUGGUUGUUCAAAAUGUACCUUGUGGAGCAAAAAGCAGUGCUACGUGUGGAAAAAGUGUUUCUGUCUCACUAGGUGAUGUUACCGUAACUUUUACACGAGAUCAUCCCUUACCAGAAAUUCCGGAAAAUUCCAAACUAUCGAUUGGUUCAGCUGGCCUGUUCACUCUUAUAAGCACGGAUUUUGGGAUCUCUGUUCAAUGGGAUCGUAAUACUCGAGUGUAUGUUACUGCUCAGCCUAUGUGGCAAAAUAAAUUAAAAGGUCUUUGUGGGGACUUCAACUCAGAUUCUUCAGACGAUUUCCAGCCACCCUCCGGAGGUGUUCCUUUAGUCCUGGUCAAAGAUUUUGUCGACAGUUGGAGGGUUCACAAGUUCUGUCGUCCUGCCUCCAAACCGGAGGACGCAUGCGAGAAGAAUCCGGAAAGAAGGGCUUGGGCAAGGCACAAGUGCAGUGUUCUCCGAUCCGAUGAGUUUGAGUCUUGCCAUCACCUUGUCGAAGUAGAAGACUACUAUCAAAGGUGUGUUACCGAUGCUUGCGCUUGCAGUUCUGGAGGUGACUGCGAGUGUUUGUGUGCUGUAGUGUCUGCUUACGCACAAAAAUGCGCUAGAAAUGGAGUGAUUAUUUCAUGGCGUUCUCAGGAUUUAUGCCCCAUUCAGUGUGAAGCAUGCGACCACUACAGCCCAUGCAUCUCGUUGUGUCCACCAAUAAACUGUGACAAUUAUUUGGAACCCCCUGAAAAACACACCUGUUCACUCGAACCUUGUAUCGAAGGUUGUGAAACAAAACCAUGUCCUGCCGGAGAGGUAUAUCUAAGUGCGACUAACCUCACCUGUGUACCCGAAGAAACUUGCCAAGAAAAACCUUGCAUUGUCAUCGAUGGAACACCUUAUAAAGAAGGGGAGAGAAUACCAAAUGGACUUACCGGAGAUAGUUGCCAGUCAUGUUACUGUCGGAAUGGAGACGUUGACUGCAUAGGAGUACCUUGCACCAGUUUUUCACCAACACCAACUGUUGCUAUGCUUCUGAAAGAAUGCCAAUUCACCGGAUGGUCAGAGUGGGUUAACUCAAUAAAUCCUGAAGAUAACGACGGAAACGACAAAGAAAGCAUUGAGAAACUGGUAUCAGAUCGUCGUGUUCAGUGUCCUAUUGAUCACAUACGAACUGUUGAGUGCCGAACUGCAUUAACCCAGGAACCUUCGGAAAUCAGUGGCCAAAAUAUAAUUUGCAACGAAAAUUUUGGACUGAUGUGCAACUCUAGCACAACGCAUGGCGACUGCCUAGAUUAUGAGAUGAGAGUGUACUGCCAGUGCCAUGAAGAAGUGACCUGUUCCCCUGGAGAAAAAUGGCAUGAAUGUGCUUUCGAGUGUGACAAAGCUUGCCAGUCUUUCAUCACAGAUCUAAAAAAUCAAGGGGUGUGCAGUGAGGGGCAAAGAUGCAUUCCUGGUUGUGUUAAAGAAAAAUGCGUUUAUCCAACCUUAGCGAGAGAUGCCGAAACUUGCGUUCCAGCCGAUAUGUGCACUUGUAAAUUAAGCAGCGGAUUUACAUUGGCGCCAGGUGAAGUUGUGACUAAUGGUUGUGAAAAGUGUCAGUGCUUGAAUAAUUCUCUUAUUUGCUCAACUACAAUAGAAUGUAAAGAGCCUGAAGUAGCGCCAACGGUAUCCACCGCAUACGAAGUAAGGAAAAUUACACCUUCUUACGUCACUCGAACAUCUGAAAAAUCAACAACUGGUAUCAUCACAACACCUGCUCCUUGUGCGUAUUGGUCUGACUGGAUUAAUAAAAGCCGUCCUAAGAAAGGUCUGAAAAAUGGUGACAGAGAAACUACUCGACCACAUAUACUGAAGCAAACGGAAGGAUUUUGUCUUCAAGGAAGAAUAACAGCGAUAGAAUGUCACGACUCUAAAACUGGAAAGGAUUACAAAGAAACAAACGAGGAAAAAUUAGUUUGCGAUCUGAGUACCGGAUUUCGAUGCCUAAACCGAAACCAGCCGGACGGAAAAUGUCAAGAUUAUAAAAUAAGAUACUUUUGCGCAUGUGGUGGAGAGACGACACAAGUGCCUAUUCGAAUAAAACCAACAACUCCACUUUAUGUGCAUUCUUGCACGGAGUUCGUACAUUUAAUCGAUGGAAUAGUUCCGGUACCUGAUGUCAACAUCAAAGCAUCGAGCAGUUUCGCCCCUUCAACAGGACCUCAAGCCAUUCGAAUAGGAUCUGAUAAAGCCUGGACACCCAUGGACUCCGACGGAAAGCAAUUUAUUGAAGUCAACUUGGGCGAUAUACGGACUGUUUACGGUGUGGUUACGAAAGGGAGUGAAUAUUUGAAAGAGUGGGUGACGUCAUAUCAGAUUCUUUACAGCGACGAUGGACACACAUACUCAUACUACCAAGAUGAUCAAGAUGUCAAUAAGGUGUUCAGUGGAAACUUUGAUGGCUCUAGUGAAGUCAAGCACGUCUUUAGUAAGCCAUUUGAAACAAAAUACGUUCGCUUAGAACCUUUGUCGUGGGAAGAAAAAAUCGCUUUGCGAAUGGAUUUGUUGGGAUGUGCAGAAGCUAUAAGUAGCAGAAACGAAUCAUCAUUUGAACCAUGGAGCUUCGAGGAAGUUUGCACAGAUCCUAUGGGAUUAGAAAAUGGAUUAAUACUCGACAGCCAAAUUUCAGCAUCCUCAAGUUACAGUCCAGCUUUUGCUCCCGAUCAAAUAAAACUUGGAUCAGAUUCAAUCUGGGUAGCAGCUGUUGCUGACGAAAACCAAUACAUCCAGGUGGAUUUCAUCGAUUCUCAAAAUGUUUCUGGGAUCCUAACAAAAGGAAGAGAAGACAUUCCGCAAUGGGUUACUGCAUUUGCCGUCGGUUACAGUAACGAUGGAUUAAGAUGGAGUAAAAUUAUGGACGACGACAAUUCAAUCCUGGAAUUUUCUGCGAAUUAUGAUCAAUACUCUUCUGUCACGAACAUGUUUCCAGCAACGAUUAGAACUCGUUUUCUGAGGCUUUUCCCGAGCAAGUGGAAGAACUGGAUUAGUAUGAAAAUGGAAAUUCUGGGCUGUUAUCACCCAGAGCCUUGCCGUGAUCCAAUGGGCCUUGAAAACGGAUUAGUUACAGAUCAUCAGUUCUCAGCGUCAUCUGAAAAUUCAGAACUCUCUACUGCGGCAAAUAGCCGCUUCUCGUUAGAUUCAGCGUGGUCUCCGGAAAAAGAUGACAAAAAUUCUUUUCUGCAAAUUGAUCUAUUGGUACCAAUGAAAUUAACUGGAAUCGUCACAAGAGGUGAUGCCAAUAACCAACAGUGGGUGAAAACCUUUUUCGUGUCAUACAGCAAUGACAGUAUAAAUUGGAAAAAAGUGCAGAACACUGAUGGUCGAGCUAAGGAAUUUAUUGCAAAUAAAGACGACGAUUCACCUGUGAUAAAUACAUUUCCAAUACCCAUCAACAGUAGAUAUGUCCGAGUGCUACCUACAGAUUGGCAUCGAUGGGUAAGCAUGAAAGUUGAGCUUUUGGGAUGCUUCCAACAACAAAACUGCCGAGACCCAAUGGGAUUGGAAAAUGGUAUGAUAUCUAACGGGCAAAUUACGGCUUCUUCUGCUUUGAACAUCGAAGCUACUUCUGAACAUGUGCGCAUCAGUGAUCAAUCCGGAUGGCAGCCCGACUCUUUAGAUCAACAUCCUUACAUACAAGUUGAUUUCCUGGAACCACGCAAUGUUAGCGCUGUAGUUACUAAAGGUGUCAAAGAUGAGGACAAAUGGGUAACUGAAUAUAAGAUUCUUUACAGCAAUGAUGGUCAUCAGUGGAGUCCUAUACUCGACGAUUAUUUGGAAGACAUUAUAUUUCCUGGAAACACGGAUAGGAACUCCCCCGUCGUUAACAUAUUUCCUGAAGAUGUUGAUGCUCGUUUUUUCCGAUUGGUUCCACUCAAAUUCGAAAAUGGCCCUGGUUUGAGAAUGGAACUACUUGGAUGUUAUCAUCCAUAUGUGUGUCAAGAACCAUUAGGUAUGGAAAAUGGUGCAAUUUUUGACUUUCAAAUUUCGGCAUCUUCGUUUCUCAAAGAUACUGGUAAUCCAGUGAACGCUCGACUAGACAGUAACACUGCUUGGAUUCCUGAAAAUAAUGAUAAAGAACCAUUUUUGAAAAUAGAUCUUCUAAUACCUACUAAUGUCACCGGCGUAAUAACAAGAGGAAGAAAUGACGCUAAUGAGUGGGUGAAAGUGUACCAAAUUUCACACAGCUUGGAUGGAUUGCACUGGGAAAAUGCAUUGGAAUCUACUAGAAAUAUUUCGGGUUUCUAUGGAAAUGUGGACAAUGAAUCACCCGUGAGUCAUUUAUUACCAUCUCCCGUAUUUGCCCGCUACGUGCGGAUAAUGCCAACCGACUAUGAAAAGAAGAUAAGUAUGAGAGUGGAAAUAUUGGGUUGUUACAUAGAGAAAGUAUGCAUGGAGCCUAUGGGCCUUGAGAGUGGUCUCCUCUCUAACAGCCGAAUAACUGCUUCCAGUUUUAAAUCACCAAAUACGGUGCCAUCAAACUUACAAAUGAACAGUAACUCUGCUUGGUCCCCUGCUUCAACAGAUAAAGGACAAUUCGUACAGGUGGAUUUUGGUGGACCGAGAAAUAUUUCAGCUGUCGUAACUAAAGGUCAUCCUAAUAAAGAUCAAUGGGUGUCCGCUUACGAGGUAGCUUACAGUAAUGACGAGGAUCAUUGGAUCACGGUAGAAGAUGAAAAAGGAGAUGCCAUUGAGUUUACCGGUAAUAUCGAUAGCAGUUCUCCCAUUGUCAACGUUUUACCUCAUACAAUAGAAGCACAGUACAUCAGAAUAAUUCCAAAGAAAUGGGAAAAUCAGAUAGCAUUACAGGCUGAAAUUCUAGGGUGCUAUCAUCCUUACGAACCUAUAUUGGAACCUGAAGAAGUGUUUCCUGUUGCAGCGAUUCCAACAGAACCAAUGAUGGUGGCUCCGUGUCCAAAUCCCAUGGAGCCGGAGAGUAGCUUAUUAAAAGACGCUAGAUUGGCAUCCACAUCUUCUGAACCGGAAGGUGACCUUUCCCGCAUAUACUUGAACACCCGCGGUGAAAAUGGAUUAACAGGUGGCUGGGUGCCAAAAGUUGAUGACCUACACCCGGUGCUAAUGGUGGAGUUUCCACAGACUGUAAUGCUGACAUCUAUAUAUAUUCAGGGUAGAGGUGAUAAAGAAAAUUGGGUCAAAACACUUAGAGUAAUUUCAAGUCCAGACAACUAUACUUGGCUCCCAGUUUUUGGUCCCAACGGAAAUGAGCUGAUUGAUGGCAAUGAGGAUCAAAAUAGUGUCGUUGGACAUUACUUCAAGAAACCAGUAGAGACAAAAUUUGUCAAAGUCAUCCCUGAGAGUUGGCAUCGCUGGCCGAGUUUCAGAAUUGACUUACGUGGAUGCCAUACUCUGGAAGUGUCCACAGAAACUCUUAUUCCAAAAUAUUGCCCAACGCUUUUUGAUGAGCCGGAUUUGAUGGGUAAUUGCCCUGCUGAAUGUCCUGAAGGUCAUCUUUGUGAUGGCAAGGAUUGCGUAGAUCCCUUGGAUUGCCCCUGUGUGCACGAAGGAAAGAUAUUUAAGGUCGGCGACCGACUAGAAGAUCAAGAGUGUAGACAGUGCCUUUGUGCACUCGGGGGACAGGAAGUAUGCACACACAAAGUAUGCCCAAAAUGUGCUGAGGAUGAACUUGCUAUUUACUCUGAUAAUUGCUCCUGCUUAUGUCAACGAUGCAAAGAGGAUGAGUUCUUUUGCCCAACGAAUGGGGAUUGUAUACCAAUACAAAGGCGUUGCGACGGUAUAAUUGACUGCCCUAAUGACGAAGUUAAUUGCCCAACUACUUCAGUGAUCUCGACAACAGAAGUGCCAACUACAGAGUCACCCAUUCAAGAAAAUGCAACAUGUGAUAUACUUGGAAAGCACAUUAACACAUUUGAUGGUCAGGACAUUAAUUAUGAAAUUUGUCACCAUGUAAUAAUGAAACAUUUGGGUCAAGAAAAUUUCAAUAUAACAGCCCAUAAAGAUUGUGACUUUGUUGGAAGCUGCAAGCAAUGGAUAGAAAUUUUUUACAAGAACAACAAAGUAAGAGUAUCUUCAGACUUAAAUACUCAACUGGAUGGCCACAGUUAUACUGCCUCUCAAUUACGAAGGUUAAAGAAAAGUCGUACUAAAAGAUCAAAACUUGCAAAUCUCAGCAUUGAAAAAAUAGGAGAGCAGGUCGUUGUGAAAGCUCUAAAUGGUGAUUUUACUGUGACCUAUGAUACAAGAGGACACAUAAAUAUUGAGGUUCCACCAACUCUUCAAAGGGAAAUAGUUGGAUUGUGCGGUUUUUACUCUGGUAAUACAGCCGAUGAUCAACAAAAGCCAAAUGGACGAAAAGCCUACACCGCAAGAGAAUUCGGAGACAGUUGGGCUGUAAAUAAUAGCGAAAAAGACUGCGCCCCAGUUUUAUGUCCCCAUGAGGAAAUGAAGAAAGCGCUGGAACUCUGCAAUCAACUGAAGGAAGAACCUUUUAUCGAGUGUGGAAAAGUUUUAUCUGUUUCUCCUUUUAUCGAGUUUUGCAUGAGUACCACCUGUGAAUGUUUGCGAAAUAGCAAAAAUUCUAGCGGUCAGUGCAAAUGUGACAGUUUUCAAGCCUUUGCGGAAGCUUGCGAAGCAAAACUGGGACCUCUGUCUGUACGGAAUUGGAGACUUCGCCAUGAAUGCUACUCUGAAUGUCCUCCUGGUAUGGAGUGGAAUGAUUGUGGACCUUCAUGCCAGCUGACAUGUGAAAGAACUUCAUUGGACUCUUUGGAUGAAUGUUCGAACAAGUGUGUUCCGGGAUGCUUCUGCCCUCCUGGAACUGUUCUGAACGAAGAUGUGUGCAUUCCACCUACUCAAUGUGCUGACCAAGUCUGUCAAGGGUUUGGAGAUCCGCACUUCAAAACUUUCGAUGGUCUGUUCUUCCCCUUCCAAGCUACAGGAACAUUUUUGAUAGUAUCUGAUAAAGAAAAUAAUUUUGUCGUCAAAGGCAUCACUAAACGCUGUGGGUUUUUUACUGUUAUGACCUGUCUCGUCGGUUUGGAAGUUGUGCAUAAGGAAACUACUGUCAUUAUUAGAAAGAAGAAAGAAGUUCGAGUGAAUAACAAGGCCAUUUCAAUGGAUAAAUUACCAUUUUACGCUUCUGAUGCCGUAAUUUUAGGAUAUCCUGGUCGAACAUUCAUCGUUGUCGUGCCUCAAAUCGGUCUUGAAGUAAGGUACUAUGAGGAAAAUUCUGGGUUUGCUGUAAAGGUUCCAUCAAAGUCUUACUUCAACAAAACUGUCGGACUUUGUGGAAACUGCAAUGGAGAAAAAGAAGAUGAAAUAAAAGAAGAACCACUGGAGGAAUUCGUAUGCAGCUGGCAAACCGAAGGCGAUAAAAAUAAUUGUAAGAAAAGUUUAGAAGAAUUGCCAGAGAUCCCAGAACGAAUCCCUAUGUGUGUCAAAUUGGAUGAUGUUGCUUUUGAAGCUUGUCAUCCUCUGAUAGAUGUAGAAGUUUACAUCGAUGCUUGCAGCUUUGAUGCAGUGCAUAGCACAGAUUACAAAGCUUCCUUGUGCAAAACAGCAAUGGAAUAUGCAAGACAGUGUUGUCAAGCGGGAAUUGAUCUUGAAAAUUGGCCUGAAAAGCUGGGUUGUGAUACCAAAUGUCCGGAUGGCUUACAGUAUCAUCAGUGCCACAAAGGAUGCCCUCAGACAUGUGUCAGCGUGGAAAACAAUUCUAGUAACUCUCUUUGCAAUCAUCUGAAAACUGAUGGCUGCUUCUGUCCCGAAGGAAAAGUUCUUAAAAAUGGAAGCUGUGUUAAUCUUUCUCUUUGCAGAACUUGUGACGAAGAAGGUCAUGUGCCUGGUGAUUCCUGGAAUGGUGGAGAUUGCAAGAAGUGUCACUGCCGUCCCGAUUUGAUGACUGAAUGCGUCCUGGAAAUAUGCCCUGCGAACCCGGUUUGUUCGAUCCAAGAGACUUUAGUGAAACAAACCAGAGAAACUGAAGAUGUUUCAUGCUGCGAAAAAUACACUUGUGUGCCGAAAGAAAAGGACUGCCCUCCGUUAGAUGUACCAAAGUGCGAAAAAGGUGAAAUUGCGAAAGUUUACAAAGGAUUGGAUUUGUGCCCUAAGUACAAAUGCGAGUGUGAUCAAGUACUUUGUGCACCGCUGUCAUGGCCAGAGGAUUUAGAACUCGGUCAGAAAGCCGAGAUGAUUAACGAUUCUUGCUGUCCUUCGGUUCGAGUUGACUGCCAUGCAGAUUCUUGCCCAGACAAACCGGAAUGUGGAAACGGAUUGGAGCUGACUGAACUAGAAGGGGAAUGUUGCACCGUCUACAAAUGUAAGCCACCAAAAGAUGUUUGCGUGUACACAGAUCAAUAUAAAGUUGUGGAGGGUUUCCAAGAACCUAAAGAGUCUUUAGAAAUGGAGACAAUAUAUUAUGAGGUUGGAAAAGAAUGGACCGAUGGCCUUUGCGAGACAUGCAGUUGUAUUGAGAAUAAAGGUCAGUUAGUACCAUUAUGUGUUAAGGCACACUGUCCUGCAACAGAAGAUAUGCCCGAAAACAAAGAAUACGUGUUACAUGAAUAUAAAACACCAGGAAAAUGCUGUCCUGACAUUUUCAGAAUCCAGUGCAAAGAUGAAGAAGGAAACAUUUACGAAGCCGGUGAACAAUGGUCUGAUGAAAAUGAUCCAUGCAUCACAUACUUAUGUGAAGAGACUGGAACUGGAGAUGUGACGAAAAGCAAGAGCAUCAUUAACUGUACAGAAUGUCCUAAGACUGCAAUAUUAUUUCCGCCUUCGAAAAUACUGGGUCAGUGUUGCGGCGUUUGCAAAGUGAUGAAAUGCGAAGAUGACGACAUUUUGUAUUCUGUUGGCGACACGUGGACCAGCAACAACCACCCCUGCAGAACAGCCGAGUGUGUUAAUGAAUUCGGUAAAAUUAAAACAGUUUACACUCGGCAACCUUGUCCUGCAAUUCCAAAGGAAUGUCCAAGAGACAAAAUUGUCCAGGAUGAAACUGGUUGUUGUGAAAUAUGCAAUAUUACAAGUGAAAUCAGCUGUAGCACUGGACCAAUACCUGUAGAUGAUACCAUAGGUUUUUUUACAUAUAAAGACAUACAUCGCGGAGGAAUAUGUGUUAAUGAGAAACCAGUGCCUAAUGUCCUAAAAUGCUCCGGUGCCUGUCACUCCAGCUCCUAUUAUUCAUUAGAGGACGGCGAGUUCAAGGAUAUGUGUCAAUGCUGCAAAGUCAAUGUAACAAUAGAACGUACCAUCGAACUUCGAUGCCCUAAUGGAAACAACAUCUUUAAAACUUUCUUACAACCAGACACCUGUCAGUGUUCAAAAUGUGCUCCAAAAGAAACAGUAUCUACAACAGAAAAAAGCGAAUUCAGACCUUCAUUUGAAUCAAACCCUUGGGUUCAGUCUGUAGACAAGGGAGACUUUCAUCCACAGAAAUCAUGGGAGCCAAGUGACUUUGACUUUGCUCAAAAGCCAUAUGACAUUCGUGAAAAGUACACACAACAAGAAGCGGUGGACACUGGUUUUGGAGAAAGCUGGCCAUUUGAACAAAACCAGAUUCAACAGCAACUGGAUGAUGACAAUUACUAAAUGAAAAAACAAGUUCAAUGACUUAUCCUUCACUUUCUAUUUAUUUCAUUAUACUUUGUAUUUCUUUUAAGAAGUGCAAAAUUUUAAAAAAUAAAUUUUGUGUCAA